AUUUUAUAUUCCACUACACACAUGGUACUAUGUUAUGAACCAUAGAGACACAUAAACACUACCACUGUUUCAUUUUGUUCUUGUUUGUGUUGUGUCAUCAACAUAUAUUAUUGACAUAGAUUGGAUUUGGAUCAAUCAUGAAGAACAAAAGGGUAAGCAGAAGGGACAAAAAUAAGGAGAUCAAAGUUACAUAUAUUUCGAGCCCCGUGAAGGUGAAGGCUAGUGCCUCCAAUUUCAGGGCCCUUGUGCAAGAGCUCACUGGCCAAUACUCCAACGUUGCUGAAACCAUGCCUAUGGAAGAAGAAGAAGAUCAAGAACAUUUGCAUGGGUGCCAUUCCGAGAGAGUGCACAAUAAUAAGGGUGGAACUCAUCAACAAUUUGCAAAGGGCUAUUUGCCUCUUGAGGAUGCCAAUUUGUUGAAGCCUGAGUACAGUGACUUUCUCUCGAGGUCCUUGAUGGAGCCCUUCAACCAACAACACCUUCAAUAUGAUUUGAUGAGCUUCGACAUGUCAUAGGUUUUGGUUUUUCUGUAUGAAUAUACAUAUGAAUAUGAUGAUCCUCUAUGUGUUUCAUUUUGCAUCGAUCUGUUGUUGAAUUGAUGAUGAUGUGAAUAGGAAUGGUGUUUGUGCAUAUGUACGGAUUAUUAGUUGUGGUUAUCUAGACUGCGAUGGAGGAAAAUGAAUACAUUAUAUGUCUGAGAGGAGGUGCCAUGUAUCAAAGUGAUGACGCAACACGAUGAUGAGAUUUUGAAAAAUGUUCUUUUAAUUUGAGAUAAUAAAAAUAAGGUUUAAAUA